ACUGUUGUCCUGUUGUGAAGCCCUCUGUCCUGGAACCCUGCACCCCUCUGUCCUUCUAACUCGCCAUCACUUCAUAGUGGGACUCUUCUGCAGCAUCCAGUGAGGUCUGCAACAUCACUUGAGGAACCCAAAGAGUCAGGAACCAUGCUGACCAUUUUGGCGCUAGCGUCGGUCGUACUCCUGGGAAUAGUGCCCCAGCAGUCCGAGGCCAUCGUCAUCUACACGGGUUGGGAGCGGCACGCCCUGGUGGGUUCCGACAUCCGUCUGUCCUGCUCCUUCUUCUCCUGGCGCUGGACCUCCGAUGACGUCACCUUCUCCUGGAGCUACCGGGCCGACGGUGCCAGGGACGCCAUCUCUAUCUUCCACUACACCGGUGGAGCUCCCUACGUAGACAACAAGGGACCCUUCAGAGACAGGCUGGAGUUUGUGGGGAACCCUGGUCGCCGGGACGGAUCCAUCCUGCUCAAGAACCUAGACUUCGGAGACAACGGCACCUUCACCUGCGACGCCAAGAACCCACCUGACAUAGUGGGACGCGCCUCCAGUGUCAGACUGCUGGUCUUUGAGAAGGUUCCCAUCCAGGCCGGAGUGAUCACAGGGUCCAUCAUCGGUGCAGUGCUGGGUCUGCUGUUGCUCAUCGUUGUAAUUUAUUAUCUCAUGAGGUUCCUGGUGGCCCGCAGAGUCUUCAACCUCAGUGUCAGCAAACAUGGAAAGAAAGGGAAGGGUAAAGAGGGAUCACAGCAGAGACAGGGCCCAACUCUCUCCAUCGGAGACCCGUCCAAGCUGAAGGCCGCCGCCUCAGAAAAGAAGAAGCAGGAGUCGCGCAAGGAUAAGAAAUAGGAUACGGGGAGCAGAGAGCUAGAGUCCCAACACACAGCCCUGCCCAAAGUAUUGAGACAGCCAGAGAGAGCAGGAACAGGGGGAGGGGACUCACCCAAGGGGGAAGGGCCUGGGAGGGUGCUGAUGACCAUCGAGCUGGAGCUCUCUAAGUGGGAAAAAGAGGGGGAGGGGAAAGGGGGUGGGUCCGCCUCGGCCAAAUCAACCAGUUUCCUAUCCCUGUCCCAGCUCUCCAAAAAACUGACCCUGAAAUAAGUGAAUGAGGAUCAUACUGGAGAGGGAGGCAGCGGAGGACCUUAAAGAGGCAGUCUCAAAGAACUGUAAGGCUGUGUCCCAAAUAGCACCAUAUUCCCUACAUAGUGCACUACUUUUGACCAGAGCCCUAUGGGCCCUGGUCAAAAGUAGUGCAGUGCACUAAAUAGGGAAUAGGGUGCUAUUUCGGAGGCAGCCUUAGUCUGUCUAUAACAGUAUAUUCUUUCCCACAAGAUCUAAGCCUUUACAACUCCAAAGUAUAUUCAUCAUGAUCUCAAUGCCACACUGGGGUGAACAUUGACACAAUAGUGAUAAAAAAAAUAUGAUAACUCAAUCAAUGGAAGUAAAGCACUCCAACUACUACUGUCAGGUCAUGAAACAUGCCAUUUGAACCAAAUCAAAUGGCAUCUGACUGCUGGUUUGAUGACAAAAUCUUAAAAGCUAUUCACAAGUUUGCCCGUUCAUUCUGACAUCUUAGAUGUGAUGCAAGGCAGUAUUUCUCUACUACGCCUGUCCGACACACAUCAGAGAGUCCUGGCUACAGGGACCACCCAAUGUGUUAUUUUUGUUUGUGUCCCAAAUGGCACCCUAUUCUAUACAUAGUGCACUACUUUGACCUGAGCCCUAUGAUCUGUCAAACUUUGACUUGCCCUCACACUGACUUCUCUCUUCUUUCUCCUCUUUCACUGGGAGCACGUUUAAUGCUAACUCUUUCUAAUCCUCUCUUUCCUAUCUCUCUCAUAGAUUUUCUGAAUCUUAUUUCUCAAAGACUUGACUUCCUCCCACUCGACUGCUUCAGCUUCCAUAAGUCACACCCCUUUAGACCACACCCCUUUCCUUCUGCCCCACCUCUUGAUGCACUUCUCCUAUCUCAUUAUCUCAUUAAGUCCUGCCUAUAAAAGAGUAGUCCUACCAAGUUCAGUGUUUUGUAUGAUGAGGCAGAACAUACUCAUAACCCCUUCAGCUAGCAUCAAGCAGAGCAGACCCAGCAUAGACAUGCAGUGUAACAUACGGAUCCACCAGGCUAAUGUAUAGAGCAUAGAUAGUUCCUGAAACUUCUGUUAAUGCUUCCUGCUUCUGGUUGCUGGUCAGUGCUCAAUCAGAUCAAAUGUGAGUGGUGUGAAGAGUUUGAGUGCACCCUGCACUGGACGAAUCAUAGUGAGUGAGAGAAAUAUGAUUCCUAGCUCUUAGCUUGUGUAGAUGGGUUCAAAUCGAAGUUCAUAUCACCGGGUAAUUCAUUCCCUUCAUAUUUCAGCUAAUGGAGACCGCUGUGCUGUGCUGCCUUUCUGUCACUGCAUUUCUGUCACUGCAAGCUGGAGGUUAGGUUAUUCCUGUCUAUAAGGGUGUAGUAGAUACAGGCUUACUGUAACAGCUGCAAUUUAAAGCAGAGGAGGAAAAUACUUGUUUGUUUGUGUCUGAGAGUACAUCCCAAAUGGCCCACUAUUUCCUAUAUAGUGCACUACUUUUCACCAGGGCCCAUAGGGCUAUGGUCAAAAGUAGUGCACUAUUUAGGGUAUAGGGUGCCAUUUUGGACGCAGACUGCUUUGACUUCUGUGACUGAGUCCUUGACAUGACGUCACGUUGACAGCCAGUGGACAUUCUCAGGCCCUGACAACAAAGGGAUACUCCUCCUUUCUACUCCUCCGUGUUAUUUUGGUCCCGUUAAUCCCUUCUGCACAUUUCUCCCCCCUAUUUUAGCACUUGCUGGUAACUGGAUCUCUCUCUCUCUCGAUCUCUCUCUCACGCACACACACUGUCUUUCUCUCCCUCCAGCCCCCUCUCUCUCAUCUCUCUCUCUCUCUCUCUCUCUCUCUCUCUCUCUCUCUCUCUCUCUGUGUCCUUUAGUGACGCUAAGCUAUGUUCCCUCAUAGACUACCCAAUCCACUCUAUACUUAAGCCUCUUCUAUCUAGCUCUAUCAGACAAAGCCAGACCCCAUCUCAAACAAACUCAGCAAUUCUUUAUUUCUUUUCUUUCCUCCUCCUCCUCCUCCCUCUUUUUCAAACUCAGUGAUGGACACAUCUCUCCUCCACCCCCCUGAUCACCAACGUCCCUCUCACUCACCCACCAAAGCCACCACACCCCUGCACGUUCGUUCACCCACCUUUUCUGCUGGUUGGAAUGCCACGUCGCUCUCUUCUGCCCCCUAUUGGCCAGGGAUGGAAACUGGGCAGAAUCAUCCAUGUUAAUAGUUCUCAUUGAAGACUUUAAUCUAGCUAUAGCUCUCUGCCGGUUGCAAAGGUGCGUGUUUUGUGUGUGUCUGUGUGUCUAGUCAGACUGUUAUUUCAAACAAAAGAUUAUAAACACUGUACAUGUAUGUCACUCUAAAGUAAAGCAAAUAAUUAGACAUUUUACUGAAGAAGUGCACAAAAACACAUGGGAGGCAGAUAUGUGAUAGUAUCUUCUUAUGACAUUUUAUCACAUAGAUGCCCUUGUAUAUGGAGGGGGAUCUGUGUGGCUGUUUCUUUUGGUGCAUAUUUUCCAGGGGCGGAAAAUAAAUAUUUUUUCAUUUAAGUUGCAAGCUGCAUGGGGCUACAGGAGGCACUCGCACAGUGAGGGAGAUGAUGAUGAGGAGGAUAAGGGAGGUUAACUCCAGAUGUUGCUGGUGGUAAUGUGAUUGGAAAAAAUAACAGGUUGUUGCUGGGAUGAAGAUACUUUGGAGAGAGAGAGACUUGACUUGUGUGUUAAGCCAAGCCAAAGUCUAUAUGUAUCGCUAAAGAUAUGGCUCAUAUCUCCCUAAAGCUCUCUCUUUCAAGGUCCUUACCCUGAGCUUCUGAUCUGAAUGCUUGACAGGCUAUGCGAGGUGGUUAGUGUAGUGUUUAGUGUUGAAUGUGUUUUUGUUCUUUUAACUGUGGUCAUAUGGAGUGUGUUAAAACCACACCAUGGUUAACUAAGCCAAUAGAAAAUAGAUAGUUCUGUUCACCCCAUCGCUGUUUAACCAACUAUCCAUCAUCAGAUGUGAUCAGUUUGAAUGUUUCUUUCAUUCCUUUCUCAGUACAGCCACAUGGACUCCUGACAUAAAACAAACUGCUUUAAAAUGUCUUUACAAUGUUUUCUUGUCUGCAUUGUGUACUGGAUGUAUUAUGUUGGUUGUUAGAUAACAUUCCUUUCUUUGAAAUUUCAAGCUCUUAAAUGUUUACGUUUAUUUUAAUGCUUAUACUUAUACUAAUCAUACACAUUUGAUUGUUAUGUAAAAUGUGUUGUAAAGGGAAGGUAAAUAAAAAUUAAAGCAUCAAACACAUCUUGGUUGUAAAAGGAGAAUAAAAUAAAUCCAUAUGAAAAUGA